AUGCGCCACAACGCCGCACUCAGUUUCCUCUCUCUUUUCUCUUCUCUCGCCGCCGCCACUCAAAUCCCAGGCUACCCGGGAUUCCAUAGCAUAUGGUCUGAUGGCUUCGGCGGUGGCGCUGGCCAGUCUCCCAACGGCGGCCAGUGGACGACGGUGACCAACCUCCACGUCAACAACGAAGUAGAAGACUACACAAUGUCGAACCAAAACGUGCAACUCUCUGGCGGUGACACGAUCCAGUUCGUGCCACACAGGAAUGCGUCGGGGCAGUGGACAUCGGGCCGCAUCGAAAGCAAGGCGACCUUCACGCCGCAGCAGGGCAAGGUCAUGAUGGUGGAAUCGAUGAUACGGUUCGGCGACGGCCCGAGCGACCGCCAGCAGGGCAUCUGGCCGGCAUUCUGGAUGCUGGGCGAUUCUAUUCACCACGGCACGGAGUGGCCCCGGUGCGGCGAGCUCGACAUCAUGGAGAGGAUCAACGGCCAGUUCACUGGAUAUGGCACCACCCACUGCGGCUACUCGAAGUCGGGCGGACCCUGUAACGAGCCCAACGGGCGGUUCGAAACAGUUGCCAUUUCAGAUAACGGCUGGCACCGCUGGUCCCUCAAGAUCGACCUCACCAACUCGGACUGGCGUGCCCAGACCAUCCAGUGGUUCUACGACGGCCGCGGCUACCACACCCUCUCGGGCGGCACCAUUGGCGACGCGGCCAUCUGGGGCAGCCUCGCCCACUCGCCCCUGUUCAUCAUCUUCAACGUUGCCGUCGGUGGCGAUUGGCCUGGCCCGCCCAACGGCGCCACAGUCGACAGCUGGAGCAGCAUGAUGGAAGUCUCGUACGUUGCCGUGUACUCGACAUGA